AUGGAGGCAAACAAGGGGCAAGUUCUUCUCAUACUUUUGUUCGCAAUUCUUACCUUCUUAGGUUGUUUGUCACAAGCGAAAGCAUCAUGGCUUAAGAUUUUGUGUCCUUGUGGCUAUGUGUUUUUAGCUGUGGCAUUGGACGAGAGAACUUGGUGUAUUGCCAAGCCUGACUCUCCGGACGAGGCUCUUCAAAAGGCCUUGGACUACGCAUGUGGUCAGCCCAUGGUCAACUGCCUCCAAAUCCAGCCGGGCAAUGGCUGCUACUCGCCAGUCAAUCUCCACUCUCACUCAUCCUUUGCGAUGAACCUGUACUACCAGGGAUAUGGCAAGAACUCGUGGAACUGUAAUUUCUCCGGGAUUGGAAUCCUCACCACCGCAGAUCCAAGUAAGUGA